AUGUCAACAUUAUCGGUCCCUGCGCUGCCUGUCUUCAAUACAGAAUCUGCCCCUAGCCGAUCACGAAGCCCAGCGCGUUUUGCAGGCAGCUCCUCCUCAAUAACAUCGUCCUAUUCUCUUCUGAGUCCGCAGCAGACGGCCGAACGACUCCAAACCUCUCUCACGCAUGGACUGUUUCAAACCGAAGCACAUGCAAGGCUGGGAAAGGAUGGGCCCAACGAAUUACCCCAUGAAGAGGAGGAACCGUUGUGGCAGAGAUUUCUGAAGCAAUUCAAAGAGACCUUGAUCCUUCUCCUCCUUGGCUCGGCGGCCAUCUCCCUCUUCAUCGGUAAUACGGAUGAUGCGGUGAGCAUUGCGCUUGCUGUCACCAUCGUGGUCACGGUCGGAUUUGUUCAAGAAUACAGGUCGGAGAAAUCACUCGCGGCGCUGAACCGGCUCGUGCCUUAUCAUGCCCAUGUCCGGCGUGCUGGUCUGCGAUCGGGCGCACAUGCCCGAGGUCACGGUGGUGAAAAUGACGGGACAGAGUUGGAGCCUUUGGCGAAUGGACCAGAUGCGCCACCGGAACAGAAACUGUCUACCACCAUACCGGCCGCUCAGCUGGUGGCAGGCGACCUGGUCCUUUUUUCCACCGGCGACCGCAUUCCGGCCGACAUCCGAAUCACCCAUUCUUCCGAAUUGACCAUCGAUGAAUCCAAUUUGACGGGUGAAAAUGAACCGGUGGAAAAGCAUGCGGCGGCACUCGACCGAGCUCCUCCCAGAUCCGAACAUCACGGCACGCCGGAGCCUUACAAUGCGGCGGGUACGGUGGGGGCGGACGUCCGCUUGAAUGAACAGCACAACAUUGCCUUUAUGGGUACGCUCGUCCGGUCAGGCCAUGGGGAGGGCAUUGUGAUCGCCACAGGAGGAAAGACCGAAUUCGGAACGAUCUCGUUGUCUCUGCAAGAAAUUGAAGCUCCACGAACGCCGCUUCAACAGUCCAUGGAUCUGCUGGGAAAGCAACUCAGCUACAUGUCAUUCGUGGUCAUUGGAAUCAUCAUGAUUAUUGGUCUGAUCCAGGGCAAGAAACCUCUGGAUCUUUUCACCAUCGGCGUAUCCCUCGCCGUGGCCGCGAUCCCCGAGGGUUUACCCAUCAUUGUCACGGUGACGCUGGCCCUGGGGGUCCUCCGAAUGGCCAAACGAGGAGCCAUCGUUCGAAAACUUCCCAGCGUGGAAACCCUGGGAUCCGUCAACGUGGUGUGCAGUGACAAGACCGGCACGUUAACCCUCAAUCAUAUGACGGCGACGAAAAUGUGGCAUUUUGAUGCCGGUCAACCGUUUCCCAUCGAUACGUCGGCACAUCCCACCGCCGCCAUGAAGUCCGUUUUCCGAAUUGGCAAUAUCGCGAACAAUGGGCGACUCGCGCACACCAAUUCCGGAACUCCCGCCACGGCCGCGUCGGCCGCGGUCCUCUCCUCGACGAGAGACUGGUCAUCCACCAAUACCAAAAGCAGAUGGCUUGGGCAACCCACCGACAUCGCCAUGCUCGAUUUGCUGGAUGCGUAUGGAGAAGACGACAUUCGGGAACAAAUCGGACCUCGAACGAGCGAGACACCCUUCAGUUCGGAACGAAAAUGGAUGGGCGUGGCUAUUCGGAGUGCUCUCGGAGAGCUGACCAACGGAUAUGGUCUGGGCGCUGAAACGGCGUAUAUCAAAGGCUCGCUCGAACAAGUCCUAAGUCGGUCAGACACGUAUUUGACCAAAGAUGGACAGGAGGUGAUCCUUGACGAGAAUCGUCGUCAGGAAGCCAAUGUGGCGGCGAGGGCCAUGGCUGAGGAAGGCCUUCGCGUCAUUGCAUUCGCCAGUGGCACCUUCAGAAGCAAACGGGGAGGUAGCAGAAGCUCGACACCGGGUGGGAUGAAGAAGCCGGCCGAGAAACCGGCCGAGACAGACAUUUUCACGGGCUUGUGUUUUGCCGGUCUGGUCGGCAUGAAUGAUCCGCCGCGAAAGGACGUCCAUCGAUCCAUCCGACGGCUAAUGACUGGUGGAGUGAGAGUCAUCAUGAUCACGGGUGAUGCGGAAACCACCGCCGUGGCCAUUGCCAGGAAUUUGGGUAUGCCCAUCAAUCCGGCAAAUUCCACGUCGAGGUCGGUGCUGCGAGGAGAUGAACUGGAUCGCAUGUCCGAACAGGAGCUGUCCGAAGUCAUGGGCAAGACGACGAUUUUCGCUCGAACCAGUCCCGACCAUAAGAUGAAGAUUAUUCGUGCACUUCAAUCGCGGGGAGAUGUGGUGGCCAUGACCGGCGAUGGAGUCAACGACGCUCCCGCACUGAAAAAGGCCGACAUUGGAGUGGCAAUGGGCAUGUUAGGGACCGACGUGGCCAAAGAGGCCGCCGAUAUGAUUCUGACGGAUGACGACUUUUCCACGAUCCUUCGAGCCAUUGAACAAGGCAAGGGCAUCUUUUUCAACAUUCAAAACUUUAUCACUUUUCAAUUGAGCACGAGCGUGGCCGCCUUAACGCUGGUGCUCCUGAGCACCAUGUUGGGGUUCAAGAAUCCGCUCAAUGCCAUGCAGAUUCUUUGGAUCAAUAUUCUGAUGGAUGGACCUCCGGCUCAAUCCCUCGGGGUGGAACCGGUGGAUCCUCGUGUCAUGAUGCAGCCACCUCGACCUCGAAACGCCAAUGUGCUCACGAAACGUCUCAUUCGCCGAGUUCUCACGUCCGCCAUGAUCAUCAUGACGGGUACUUUGACAAUAUAUAUUCAUGAAAUGGUCGACGUGGACGAUCCAACGGCCAGUCUCCAGUCCAGCAAUACUCCCUUACGCACCCGCGUGGUCACGAAACGCGAUACCACCAUGACAUUCACCACGUUUGUCCUUUUUGACAUGUUCAAUGCGCUCACGUGCCGAUCGGAGUCGAAAUCGGUUCUCUUCGGUGAAAUCAAACUCUUGGGAAACAAGAUGUUCAACUACGCAGUGGCCGGCAGUCUUGCCGGACAGCUCUGUGUGAUCUAUUUGCCAUUUUUACAACGGGUCUUUCAGACCGAAGCUUUAGGAGCAUGGGACCUCUUGGCUCUAGUAUGCAUAACCAGCACGGUGUUCUGGGUGGAUGAAGGGAGAAAAUGGGCGGGGAGGAGGUCUUCUAGACUCGUGCCCAGUGUCGGUUAUUCUGCCAGUGUAUAG